GAUCCGUAUGUAAGUCUCUAUAUAUACACAUAUCCCCAAAAGCUUGGGAUGUGGCUACAUCUAUGAGAUUCCUGAAUUGAAGUGGAAUGAAUUCUGAUUCCACGUCUUGUUGUUUCGUCAGCAUAGCCCUGAAUCCACUCGAUUGUAGAAUAAUACUGGGGUGCUGGCGCUCAUCGCCUGCAUAAAAAGCCUUGGGAGAGGCCGGGGGCCGUACCGCCCAUCACACCUGGCUAAAUUUACUGUCUGCACCAGCUUCUCCAGUAUUAACCCUCUCUCUCGAGGCUCUAAAUUCUCAAUAAAUUAAGCUGCAGGGUGUUGUAACCUCUGGCAGCUACCCUCUGGUAACGGUACUAACCGGUACUCCAAUUUGUCUUGAUGCUGUCUGUCUCUAGUUUCAAGAAAAGGAUAUAGAGGAGAAGGUUGAAGCCCAGUUAGGCAGUUCGUAUACAAACCAUGAAUGCAUUAGUUGCUACAAACAGAAACUUUAGGCUCGCUGCUCGUCUGCUAGGCUUGGACUCGAAGCUGGAGAAGAGCUUACUGAUCCCAUUCAGGGAAAUUAAGGUUGAAUGUACCAUACCAAAAGAUGAUGGUACUUUGGCCUCUUAUGUUGGGUUUAGAGUUCAGCAUGACAAUGCUCGAGGACCCAUGAAAGGGGGGAUCAGAUACCACCCAGAGGUUGACCCUGAUGAGGUGAAUGCUUUAGCACAACUAAUGACCUGGAAGACUGCAGUGGCCAAUAUACCAUAUGGUGGGGCUAAAGGAGGGAUAGGAUGUAAUCCAGGGGAUUUGAGCAUCUCUGAGCUUGAAAGACUUACUAGAGUUUUCACGCAAAAAAUUCAUGAUCUGAUCGGAGUUCACACUGACGUUCCUGCGCCUGAUAUGGGAACAAAUGCACAGACAAUGGCUUGGAUACUGGAUGAGUACUCUAAAUUUCAUGGCUAUUCACCUGCAGUAGUAACUGGAAAACCUAUAGAUCUUGGUGGAUCCCUAGGCAGAGAUGCAGCAACCGGGAGGGGAGUACUCUUUGCAACUGAAGCCCUGCUUAAUCAAUAUGGAAAGAGUAUCGCUGGGCAGCGAUUUGUUGUACAGGGAUUUGGUAAUGUCGGAUCCUGGGCUGCCCAACUUAUCAGUGAGCAAGGGGGAAAGGUAAUUGCUGUAAGUGAUAUAACAGGAGCCAUAAAGAACAGUAAGGGAAUUGACGUACCAAACCUGCUCAAGCAUGUCAGGGAAAACCGCGGAGUCAAAGGAUUCUGUGGUGCUGACAGCAUUGAUUCCAAUUCUAUUUUGCUUGAAGACUGUGACAUUCUUAUUCCAGCAGCCCUCGGAGGCGUUAUCAAUAGGGAUAAUGCAAAAGAUAUUAAAGCCAAAUUUAUAAUCGAGGCAGCUAAUCAUCCUACUGAUCCAGAGGCAGAUGAGAUAUUAACAAAGAAGGGAGUUGUUAUCCUCCCAGACAUAUAUGCAAAUUCUGGAGGUGUUACAGUCAGUUACUUCGAGUGGGUUCAGAACAUUCAAGGGUUUAUGUGGGACGAAGAGAAAGUAAAUGCAGAGCUUAAGACAUACAUGACUAGAGGAUUUAAAGACGUCAAGGAGAUGUGCAACACUCACAACUGUGAUCUCCGGAUGGGUGCCUUCACUCUAGGUGUCAACCGUGUUGCCAGGGCAACGGUUCUUAGAGGAUGGGAAGCCUGAGACACUGUCGGUUAAAUAAAGACGAAGGUUCCAGUAAAUCUAGAUGAGAUCUUCAUCUUAAAUCUGGUUCAAAUUACUGCUUUGAUCCUGCAAUAGAUUUUAGAAAUAAGUUUUGACCCUAUGAUGAUUUGUAAUCUUAAUUUUUCUGACCCUGAUCCGUUGAAGAGUGCAUCACGGUUUUGUCCCUAAGAUGUCUUAGUUUAAUUGCCUCUGACUCUUCAUCAACCGCAGAACUGAAUAAUCUUGGAAAAUUCGCUGAUGACAACUUCAGUUAGGCUUUGUAACAUCA